UAUUAGCAUGGCUUCAAAGCCAUUAUUUUUAAAGAAAAAACCUUUUCCCCUCUUCCUUCUCCUCCUUUGUCUAACACUUACUCUUCUAAUCCAUACCACCACUUACAAUCUCCACUCGGAAGACGAAUCAAAUACUUCCACACGUCAUCUUACUUCCACGAAUGAACUGCCAUAUUGGUAUGACAGAAUCCGGUUCUUGACCAAAAACGGACCUGAUAAGCUAAAGUUCGGACUGGUUAACAUAGAUGCUGACCAUACCCGAUUCAAUAGCUUAGCUGAUUUGGUCGUUAUUAAUUUUGAAAAAGUUGAUAAAGUUAAGAAAUGGGAAGAUUUCUUCCCAGAGUGGGUGGAUGAGGACGGGAAGUGGGGCCCAAUGAAGUGCCCCAAAAUCCCUAUUCCGCCUUCAUAUAAGAAGGUUGACGUGGUGGUGGCUCAAGUUCCAGAUGGUGUCCGAGACGUGUUUAGGUUGCAAGUGAAUUUAGUUGUGGCAAAUAUGUUGGUAAAUAGUGGUUGGGAUGAUGGUGGUGAUCAUAGGGAAGUGUAUGUAGUGUUUAUUGGAAAGUCAAGGCCAAUGUUGGAGAUUUUUAGGUGUGAUGAUAUGAUAUGGGAAGAGGGUGAUUAUAGGAUUUACAAACCAGAUAUAAGAAGACUCUAUGAGAAGGUUAAUAUGCCUGUUGGCUCUUGCAUGAUUUCAUCACCAUCUUUGCAACCUGCCGGUCGAAUGACGAAGAAUAAAUACAUAUCAAGAGAGGCAUAUGUAACCGUCCUUCACUCCUCAGAAACAUACGUUUGUGGUGCAAUAGCUUUAGCACAAAGCAUCUUGCAAACAAACACAACCAAGGACUUAAUCCUGCUUGCUGAUCAUUCUAUAUCUCCAAAAUCCCUUAGAGGACUUAAAGACGCCGGAUGGAAGAUCAAGCUUAUUGAACGUAUACGAAGCCCUCACGCAAAAAAAGGUGCAUAUAAUGAAUAUAACUAUAGCAAACUUCGAAUAUGGCAACUCAUUGAGUACACUAAAGUUAUCUUCAUAGACGCGGAUCUUAUAGUGUUAAAGAACUUAGACGAGUUCUUUAAUCAUCCACAACUCUCGGCCGUUGGAAAUGAUAAAUAUUUAUUUAACUCGGGUCUCAUUUUAAUAGAACCAUCACAAUGUAUGUUUAAUACCUUGAUGGAAAAGAUACAUACUCUAGGAUCAUACAAUGGAGGUGAUCAAGGUUUUCUUAAUGAAGCUUUUACGUGGUGGCAUCGGUUUCAUUCAAAGUUAAACCAUCUAAAGAUUUUCCAAGAUGACAAAAACAACCACAAACAUGAAAUCCCGGAUAAUUUGUACACAAUUCAUUAUUUGGGGUUGAAACCAUGGAUGUGUUACAAAGAUUAUGAUUGUAAUUGGGAUAUGUCUGACCGUCGACGUUAUGCUAGUGAUUCGGCUCACAAAAAAUGGUGGAAGGUUUAUGAGACGAUGAAUAGUAAGCUAAGACCGUUUUGUGGGUUAACAAAACAUAUGGAUGCACGGAUAAGGAAGUGGAGAGGGAUAGCCAAGACUGCGGGUUUUAGAGAUGGUCAUUGGAAGAUAAAGGUGAAAGAUAGAAGACAAACAUUGCAUAUAUGAUGUUAUAACAUUCUAAAACUAACUAAUUAAUUUAAGAUGGAUAGAUAGCAAGGGCGGAUGCCCCUCCGCUUUUUCCGAUUAUAAGUAUAGUUUCAUCCGUGAUUUGUUCGAAAAAUUAUUUUUCUUAGUGUUAUUUUUAUGUUCUCGUGACUUUUGGUCCCUUCUGAUUAUUCUCCUUUAUGUUAUAUAUAUACUGGUUACGUUAAUUUCA